AGGCCUCAAAUUUGGGGACUAUUUGUGGAUUCAUCAGCAAAAUCAACCUUGCACGGCAGAAGAGGCAUAUACGUACACACCGACCACCAGACUGAUUCCAAAGAUUUUGGGGUGAAAAUCCCCACAAAAUCAGGCGCUAAUGGCAGAAGAAGAGGAGGUAUUGAUCGAAGUUGAAGCUGCAGAAUCGGUGUAUGGCGACGAUUGCGUAGUUCUCGCACAGUACCCUCCUCAUCUCCACCUUCUAAUCAAGCCUCGAACCGCCGAUGUUUCCUCUCAACAGUUUGUUGAAGCAGUUAUUGGGAUAAAAGCAAGCUCUAAGUAUCCAGAUGAACCUCCAGAAAUUAUGAUUAUAGAAUCCAAGGGUUUAGAUGAACAAAGACAAAAGCAUCUCAUAACUAGUAUCCAUGAAAAAGCAUGUGAACUCUCUUCAAACUCAAUGCUUGUAGCACUCUGUGAGGAAGCAGUUGAGAAGCUCACUAGCAUGAAUCACCCUGAUGGAGAUUGUCCCUUGUGUUUAUCUCCUUUGGUUGUUAAUGAAGAGGGUGCUUUGAAUAAUUCUCUACCUUUUAUGAAAUUAAUGUCUUGUUUCCAUUGCUUCCAUUGUGAGUGCAUUAUCAGGUGGUGGAAUUGGCUCCAAAUGCAUCCAGAAGUUAAUCAUCAUGCUAAUUCAUCUACACAUGCACACCAGAUUAAAACUCAACAAGAAAUGCAAAAAAACAUGGAAGAUCGAAUGGGAAUCUGCCCUGUAUGUAGAAAAGUGUUCCAUUCCAAAGACAUUGAACAUGUGCUCAACUUAGUGGGGACUUACUCUCAAUUGAAUCUCGAUGACACCGAAGAUACAAAAAACGAUACGAUUCUUAAUUCGGAUUCAGAAAACACAAGGCGAGAAAAGUUCGAGGCUACAAUGAAGCUACAACAGGAGAACAAUGGCUUAAUCGAGCCAAAAAAGGCUGAAGUUCUCAUGCCUGGAAUGUUUCUUCCCCGCCCCACCACCACCACCACCGCCGGAGAACAGGCGGCGAAAUCUGAGACGGAUAGUGGUGUUCCGGCGAAUAAGCCGAGUGGUAGUCACCGGAGAAGCUCAGGGUCGAGAAGCAAGUAUAGAGGAAGGAAUUCAAGAACUCAAGUUAAUAAUAAUAGUAGACAAUGGGUUGUUAAAGAUAAUGGAAAUGUUUAGUGAAUGUGUGUUUUUCAAAAUUUUAAAUUCGUGGAAGAAAACUACAAAUUUUGUCCCUCUACUUGUGAAAAUUGCGCAUUUGGUCCUUCAACUAAGGGUUUUGUACCUAAUAGGUCCCUGACUUGCGAGGCAAAUUAACCUUCAAGGUGGUGUUCGGAAU